AUGAAUACGCCUGCUGAAAUCACAAGCAACUGGUCUAAUUGCUCAACAUGCCAAAGCAUUCGUUUGACAAUCAAGCCAAACGUAGAUGAGAAACCCGUUCUUCUUCACUCUGCCAAAAAUCAAGCCUUGUAUGACAUAUUGUAUGAAUUGUGUGAGCGCUAUCCACAUAUCUGGAGAAGGGAUGCCCAAUAUCAUUUUUACAUUGAAAUUGGUGGUCUUUACCAUACGAUUGACGAUCCGACAUGGUUGAGAGACAAGGACGUGUUGAUCGUAACACUUACAGAAACAUUGGAGGAAUUACCUUCUGUAAAUCUAAAUGCUGUUCAUGCUUCAUUGAGGAAAAAGAUCGAAUUGCGCCCUCACCAAAUUGAAGGUGUAAACAAAAUGAUUUUCAUGGAAAAAGCAUAUCGAGGUGGUAUAUUGGCAGAUGAAAUGGGUCUCGGGAAGACUGUUCAAACACUUAUGGUUAUAUUGCGUCAACAGCCUGUGUUAAAUAUUCAUGCAUGUACACUUGUUGUAGUACCCUCUCGUGGUAUUGCAGAUCAAUGGGCAGAAGAAAUCCGUACCAAAACUACAUACGGUAGUUUGCCUUACUUCAUAUACCAAGAUGAUUCGGCUGCACUUAUCGAACAACCGUGUUUUCGUAUUGUCAUUACCACUUAUGAUAAAGUUCGAUCGGAAUACAAAAGGGAGGCACACAAUCGAUCUCUCCGUCAAGGAAGACUUGAAGAUGCACCAUUAUUCAGCGUCGAGUGGCAUAGAGUUGUUUUAGAUGAAUCCCAUAAAGUGAGAGCCAACACAAUGUUAUAUAGUUCUGUCAAAGCCCUACAAGCUAAGUUCAGGUGGUGUUUAUCAGGUACACCUUUCCAAAAUGAUGUGACUGAAUUAUAUCCAAUCUUUUCAUUCCUGAAAAUUGAGAUGGAUCUGAAAAAGAGAAAAGAAGAUGAUUAUAUGAAAGAGCUUUUAAAAACACACAUGAUCCGAAGGACAAAAUCUGCUUUGCAAUCUGAACUGACAAUGUUACCACGACAAGAAAGACGAAUAGUAUUAGAAUUCACACUUCCAGAACGGGCUUUAUACGAUUAUCUAGAGCGAUUAUUAUACUAUCAAUUGAGUCGAAUCAAAGAGUCUGGAGACGGAAAUUCAUUGUUGACAUCAUCGGCUAUUCUAUAUUUGAGAUUGAAACAGGUGUGUGGUCACCAUAUGAUUUUGUUGGAAAAAUUCCCAGAUUUGAUUCCUUUGGCUAGAUCUGGAAACGACGAAUCGCUGGUAACAAGUUUACAAGAUGUAGAUGUGCAACGAGAAAAGAAUUACUACGAUGAAACAUCCGAGUUUGAGCAGGCUUUGGAAAUCAUUGAAAGUUACUACGAUCAGUUUGGAAAUUUACAAGACCCUAUCGAUCUUUCACAAUUGCAGAGGUUGAAGUUGAUUAAGAAUUCUACAAAAGUGCUGUGGUUAGCGAAUUUUCUUCAAACAUUACUAAGUGAAGAUCUGUCAGAUAAAAUCGUUGUUGUAUCUCAAUUUGUGGAUGUUAUUACAAAAGUUGGCGAGGUAUUAACUAAUGCAAGAAUUCAAUGUCAAGCAUAUCAUGGUGGUAUGAGUAUUUAUGCAAGAAAAUGUGCUUUACAAAAAUUCAAUCAUGACCCAAAGGUCAGAGUUUUAGUCAUGUCGUUAAAGGCUGGCGGUGUGGGUUUAAACUUACAGAGAGCGAAUCACAUGAUAAUCAUGGAUAGAUGGUGGAAUCCUGCCACGAUGGAUCAAGCAAUUGCCAGAAUUCAUAGAAUGACUCAAAUAAAGGAAACGUUUAUCCAUACCGUAGUAAUCAAAGAUACGAUCGAAGAAUCUUUAAUGGAUAAUAUUUUAAACAAAAAGGUAAGCGACAACUGA